AGCAGUGUGAUAUUAUUAUUUUUCCACAUUAAAUAGGAGCUUGUUAGUAAAUGUCCUCUGUAGUGGGCAUCAAGCAAUUUUUACCUACUGUCCCCAUUUAAUGUAAUUUCUCAUAUUUACUAUCAACCUUGUCCUCAAGGCCACUACAGUUCACAUAGGCCUACAAUAAAAAAUGUAUACUAUUUUUUUUCUCCCAAAACAUUACUUGUAACGUGUGUUUUUUUCACGACGAACACAUAUGUAAUGCAGGGAGGAAAUUCAUGCAAACCUAUCGCCUUCCGCUUUAUUUGCUAAUCCCAAAUAUUUGAUCAACAAACUGCGACUGCACCCUUUUUUAUGGGAGCGAGUUUGGUGCGUUGUUACAUGACGUCAUCGAUCAUUCAGCGCAAGGAUUGUAUUCAACAGAAUGAGAUGCUGGUUACGCUGUAUAGCCUAGUCAAUAAUAGUAGAAUACAUGUAUGGACGUUGGCUAUAGCUGAAUGGUAGGCUAUCAACACAGCAAGGUAACCUGACAAAAUGGAGAGGGGAAAUUAUGGUGGCUACUCGCGGGAGUAUUUUGACCGCUUUAUUGAAAGCCAAGACUCGUCUGUUGUGAACAAGUUCCAGCAAAAGUACUGGAAAACCAAACAGAAGAUCAUCAAGGUCACGGGAAAGAAAGAGGACGAACAUGUCGUGGCGUCAGACGCAGACCUGGAUGGCAAGCUGGAGGUGUUUCACUCUGUCCAGAGAACGUGCAUGGAGCUAUUGAAGGUGAUCGAGCAGUACCAGAGAAGAAUCUGCUUUCUAUCCCAGGAGGAGAAUGAGUUGGGGCGGUUCCUGCGCUCACAGGGCUCCCAGGACCGGACCAGGGCUGGAAAGAUCAUGCAGGCUACCGGGAAGGCCCUCUGCUUCUCCUCCCAGCAGAGGCUGUCUCUGCGUAGUCCUUUGUCUCGCCUCUACCAGGAGGUGGAGACUUUCCGAUACCGGGCCAUCUCUGACACCUGGCUGACGGUGAACCGCAUGGAACAGUCCAGGACAGAAUACCGUGGAGCACUGCUCUGGAUGAAGGAUGUAUCCCAGGAGCUCGAUCCAGACACACACAAACAGAUGGAGAAAUUCCGCAAGGUUCAAGUGCAGGUGCGAACCACUAAAACAAGCUUUGACAAACUGAAGAAUGAUGUCUGCCAGAAAGUCGAUUUAUUAGGAGCCAGCCGCUGCAAUCUGCUUUCUCAUGUUUUAACCACAUACCAGACCACCCUGUUGCACUUCUGGGAGAAGACGUCUCACACUAUGGCUGCCAUUCAUGAGAGCUUUAAGGGCUGCCAGCAAUAUGAGUUCUCUACAAUCAAGAGCCUCCAAGACCCCAUGGAUAAACUGUCAUCUCAGGGAUCAAAGAAAAAGAGGGAGAAGAAAGUCAUAACAAAGACCGAUCUUGAGGAGGCUGCAGAUGACCAACUUAUCUCAAUAGAUCCCAAUGAAGAGUCCAAUGAAGAAGCUCAAACCAAGACACCUUCUGGACAAUUCUUUGAAGAAAUUGACCUUAAUAGACAAAUGACAGGGCCUGAGGAUCUUCUCUCAGCCUUCUCUCGUCAGGAGCAGGAGGAGGGUGGGGAGAGGGACAGCAUGGCCUUGUUGAAUGAGAUUCUGGGCAGCACGUCUCUGGAUGAGGGCGAGUUCUCACAGGAGUGGCAGGAGGUGUUUGGUAAGGGGGACCAGGGGAGCGGAGCCACUAGUAGAGGGGGCCUAGUGGAACCCCAGCAGGAGGAAGACUCCUCCAUCUUCCUCCCAUCUCACCUCCUGGACCAGAACAGGAACAGGAACAGGAACAAUCUCCAAUCUUCGCUCUCAGAUUGGGCCACGAGCAUUCCACAGCCCAUCUCCCAGGCAACAGAGCAAUCAUCUGGAGCCAAUCAGAACCCCUCUAGGCCAACAGCAAUGAGAGAGACGCCAGAGACCGCCAAAGACCUUUCAGCCUGGUUUAACCUGUUCGCCGACUUGGACCCUCUGUCGAACCCAGACGCAGUAGGCAGGAGUGGUCAGGAGCAUGAGCUUCACAACGCAUAGACCUGCGACCUGAUUCGCGUCUAGGGAUCCUACGCUAUAAGUUAGCAUAAUGCACAACAAGGUUAUGGUUAUUUUGCUGUUAACAUUGUUCUAGGGUCAUCUCUCUCAACCCCUGUCCUACUCCUUACCAUUGAGUUAAACAACAAAUUGACCCUGGACCAGCUGUUAAGAAUGCAUUUACUGUAUCAAUCAAUUGAGCUUGAAAUCAUGAAUUCCAAAAGAAAACAAAUGUUAUGUCUUUUUAUGUUUGACAUGAUUUAUCAAUGUUUAUACGUUAAGUUGUCAGAGGGUAGAUGCUUUCAACAACCAAAAUAUGUACGAAGGAUUCAGGAUGAGCUUUUUCAGAAUUAUUGACUUGUCAUUCGGGUAUACCUGUAAGCUUUCUGGUGGUGACAAUGAUGAGGCCUUUACACCCAUCUCGACAAUAGGAAAAUCAGUAUGAAAGGGUAAAAUAAGUAUCAGUUUUGUCUGAUAGAUCAUACAUUUAUUGCAUGUUUUGUGUAUUCCUUAUUUAGUUGUGUGUGUGAUUGUACUCACAAUAUGUUAUUGUUGACAAUAACAUAUCUAACAUUUGAUUUAUUUGAGAUACCAUGUCUUUAGGGCCUGGAAUACAUUUAAGGCGCGUUAUAGAGCAGCACACUAGACAGCCGACAAUGUAUCUUUUUAAGAGAUUUUCUCAGACGUUUGCAGAAAUCCUAUUCACGGUAACCACUGCACAUGUCGGCUCAAGCGUAAAUGACCUUAGUCUGUUCUAUAGCACGCCUCAGAUUAAAUCCCAGCCUAGGUGUACAUUUAUUAACUAGCUGCACCUUUUCAAGUACACAAUCUGUGUUAUAUUGCUUGGAGAGCAACCUGUGGAAGGGCGAGAAUACAUAUGUUGUAAUUGGUGACUGGUUUUAAGUGUGUAAACAAUUAGAGAAUGAUAUUUACAUUUUAUUAAUUGAGUGCUGAAGAAGCGUGCAUUUUGAUUGUCAGUAAAAAUGUUGCUAAAUGAGACUAACUUAUUAGAAUUAAACUAUUGCCCUUAUUUACAUUAAAGCCUUGUUUAUUCCUGUUA